GAUUUGGUGGUGAUGGAGGUAUUGACAUUUUUGGAAACCAUGAAGGGUAUUUAAUUCUAGUCCAAUGUAAGAACUAUACAACUGCAAAGGUUAGCGUCGAUGAAAUCAGGGCAUUUGAAGGAAUGAUGUUAAGAUAUCCCAAAAACACCACGAUAGGAAUUUACGUGACAUCUGUUAUGGAUGGAUACUCAAGACUUGCAAUUGAAAGAGCGGAAUCAUCUAAAUUAAAUCUAUUAUUAACAAACAUGUCAAAUAUGCACCAAGACAUUUUGAACUACUUCUCUAAAAAAUUAUAUAAUGAUUCUGAAGAAGAAAAUUAUAUAAUUGAAGGAAUAGUUUAUAAGACUGAAGAAAUAAUUCGUGCAAUGAACGAGGAUCAUAAAAGAAGGAUGGAAGUUUUAGAAGAGAAG